AUGCGUUUUAGUCACUUUGACGCCGUUCUUCUACUCGCUACGCCAGUCGCUGCGGAAUCUAUGUGGGGACUCUGUUCCCCAAGAACAGGCAUGUGCACUAUUUGGGAGGGAAGGUUUCACAAGCAGGACUGGCAUUGCGAUACGCCAUGCCUACCUCCGUUUAUUUGCGGAAUGACUGGACGUUCGAUCACUGUGCAUUGCGGGCCCAUACCUAAAAUACUUUUGAAAAAGGCCAGGUAA